AUAUAGAGUCAUACUUCAGCUGUAUACUGGCGGGGCUUCCAGAAACAAGUGUGUUAAAUCUGAGAUCACAUGACACUGGAAUUGCAUAAGAGGGAACUCCAUUCAGCCAUUUAUGUAUCUUCUGGAGACAAAAUACUUCAUAGACAAUUUUGGGGAAUUUAUAUACUCUAGCCAUUCAUAUCCCACAGUUAAAUGAGCUUUCCAUGGACAGAAGGGCUCUGCUUAUAGAAAAUGCUUCUGUCUGAUUUUUGUGCAUUCAUUGAUGCCAUAGCUGACUUCAUUCAUGUGAGCUCUGUGACUAUGGAGUGUUUUCUUGAGGUUAGAGGUACUACCAUGGAAAGCGUGGCAUAGGGAGGACCACUUCUAACAGUGCAGAUGCACGCACCUGAAUCUGGAUAUUAACCCACUUUUUUACAUUAAAUGUAAAGAUGAUAUUUCACUUAUAAAAUAUCUGCUUGGAGUGAGGAGAUUAAACAGAAAAAUGUGUUGUCUAAGGCUUUCAUGGCCAGAAUCACUGGGUUGAUUAGCAUUUAAUGGCCUUGCAGCUUCAAAGUCUGACUGGUUGCUGUCUGGGGGAAUCCUUUGUUGGGAGGUGUUAGCACUGAACAUUUUGCUGUUUAGUAUAUAGUUGAAGUGAUAUCAGAUGUUUAUUCAAUGUCUUUGGUUUUCAGUUAUGAUACCUGAAAACUAAAUUCAUUGAGACUCUUUUUAAAUCACAUUGAAAAAUCCACCCUACAGAGUUUUGUAAAAAAAUUAAUGCAACAUGUGGCUGCUUAGUUUGGUCUGUUUAUGUUAGACUUUUCAUGAGCAGGUCUCAUGGAAAUACAGAAUCCAGCCAGGUAUAGAGGAAUCACAACCCUAUAUUGUAUAUAAUUCUAUGGUAGCAGUUUGCAACUUCAGCAGCUCCAGGGACUAAUUUUAUCUCUUUGGUAUCAGCCACAGGCUGCCUUCUGUCACUACCACACCAUCCAAAUUUCAUAGCGAAUCACAUUGCUGAGUUUUGUCAGCAAGCCAAAAUCCCGCACAAACCUUUCUUAAAACAAAUGAGCAGCGCUUGCUUCAAAUGGGUUUCUAGGUUUGCUACCAAAUUUCAGAAGCAUAUCACAAAAAUCCCUUACAUAAGAUGCUUUUUGGUAUGUUUUUAAAAUGCUUUAAGUGCCAUUAAAGUUUGAUGGCACAGGUGUUCUUGUGUGAGGAAGAGCAGCAAAAAUGACAAGCAAGAAGAGCCCAACUGUGUGCACUUGGAAAUGAUCCUACAUUUCUUGUUGCUCUUGAUGCUCUUGAUGCAGACACAUUUCCAGCUGCUUUUACCUUUUUGUACCCGGAAGUAACACAAGUAUACAAUUGCUGGUCAGAACAAUGGAAUGCCAAGGAAUCCUAUAAUAGCUGGCAUUUUGCUGGAUAGAUACCAACUAGACUGGCCAUGCUAAUCUGCUGUACAGACAGAUGGCUGAACAGUAUGGGCUACUGACCAGUGCAAUGGUAAUCACAAGGAUUAGAAAUGCAUCAGAGCAUGAUCAGAACCUGAAAAAAUUAUAUUGCAAAUAAUCUGUUUCCUGUCUCUUCUGUACAGUGUGCAAACUAUUUUCUGCAACUUAACAAAAAUGCAGCCGUCAAAGAAUAAAAAAGAAUAUUCGGAAGCUUUCUAUAAGUCUCCUUUAGCUGUCCAGAAGACUAGUGCUGAGAUCAUAAAUGAAGCACGAAACUCACUAAGAACCUUAAGAACCCAAAGACCAUUUACACCAAGAGAACAGCAAAGGAAACUUUUUGGAUCUGCCUCAUCAAGAACACCUGAAAAUAGGCCACCUUCUGCUUUUAGUCUUCAUGCUUCCAGCUUUGAAUCGGUUGAAUCAAGGCCUGUAUCUUGUACACGCCUCAGCCCAUUGGAUCAUAAGCCAAAGUUGCUACCAUCAGCCACAAGUGAAGAAGAGCAUCCUGUUUCCCCUGCUAAGAUACCAGUGGAUUCAGAGGAGAUUAGAAAAGUCAGCAAUGCGCGUGCAUAUUUGUUUAAAACAGCAUCUUGUGGAAAGCUUCUCCCAGACAAAGUGUUGCUUCCCAUUGAGAGCAAAAGACAAAGUUCUGAAGAACAAACUGCUAUGGGGGAUAUUUCAAAGAACAGUAAUGAACAUUUUACAGAAAAACUCACCGUCCAAUUGAAUUUUAAGGAUGAAUAUGUCCCACUACCUUAUAAAGCAAAUCAUAGUAAGAUCAUUGGUGGAGACAUGUGUCCAAAAAUGACAACUAUAUCACCUGCAUCUCAAUUCAGCAAUCAAAGUGACUUGGUUAAGGGGGAGGAAAGUCCAGCCAACACAGAAUGCUCCAAACCUUUAAAUAAGUCAGAAAAUUGUUUGGAAGCAAAUGAGACAGAAGAGGAAGAAAACUACUGGAAUGUGAAAAUUUUACCUAUUUUACAGCAGCUAGAGAUGGAAGACAAUGUAGAAAAGCUUUGCCAUUCCUGUACUAUUCUCUAUCAAGCCUUGGAAGAAGGAAAUAUGCUUGGAAAGCGAUUUAAAAGGCGAAGUUUGUGUCUGAAAACUUUGUACAAAUUAGUUGACAUUGCUUCCGAUCCACUUGGCCUGAAACUUGCAAAAAUUAUUCUAGACCUGAAAGUGAGUGGGAAGAAUUUACUUAAUGUUUGCAAGCUGGUAUUUAAAAUAAGCAGAAAUGAAAAAAACGACACUCUCAUUCAGAAUGACAGGAUAUUAGAUUCUCUGCUUGAAAUUCUAAGAACCGAAGACCUGGGAACAAAUACUGAAGCCUUUCUCUAUUGUAUGGGUGCAAUAAAGUUCAUUUCUGGAAAUGCAAGGCUCCUUAAUGAGAUGGUCAGCAAGGGAAGUGUUGAGAUACUGUUGAAGCUAAUGAAACAGAUUAAUGAAAUUGAUGAAAAUGAUCCUCGAUUUUCCAGUUCAGGACAUAUCUUGGUCCAGCUCACUGCCACACUGCGAAACUUAGUGGACUUGCCUCAGUCAAGGUGCAAACUCUUGGAGUCUGGAGCGAUUCCAGAACUUUCUUUGGUGUUGGAAAGAUAUAUGAGUGAUAAGGAUGUGUGCACCAAUGUGGCGAGAAUAUUCAGCAAACUUUCCUCCUUCAAUGACUGCUGUGCAGCUUUGGCAGAUUGCUCCAGAUGUUAUGUCUUAUUUUUAGCCCUACUAAACAAACACCCAAAGAAGCAGGAUUUAGUUGUUCGUAUCAUUUUCAUUUUGGGCAAUUUAACAGCGAAGAACAAUCAAGCCCGGGAAGCGUUUUUUGAAGUGCAAGGGAGCAUUGACACCCUCAUAGCGCUGUUUCAAUAUCAUUGUGACGCUGAUGCUAACAGUAAACUGUGGAAUGACAGUGGUGAAUUAAAAAAACUCAAGCACCCAUCUGAAGCAGAAGAUGUCCUCAUUAAACUUAUAAGAGUAAUUGCCAAUUUGUCUAUUCAUCCUAGUGUAGGUGCAAGCCUGGCAUCUAAUCCUCAGGUUGUGGCAUUACUUAUUAAAGUACUAGAAAGCAAAUCAGUGGAUGAAUGUGAGGAACUGGUUAUUAAUACCACAGCAACGAUCAACAAUUUAUCCUUCUACCAAGUGCAUGGCUCUGUAAUCCAGGAAAAGAAAUUAUAUAUUGCAGAGUUGCUUUUAAAGCUGUUAAUGAGCAAUAAUAUGGAUGGAAUUCUGGAGGCGAUUCGAGUCUUUGGUAAUCUUUCUCAAUGCCAUGAAGUUUGUGACUUCAUUAUGCAGCGAAAGGUGUACAAAUUCAUGAUUGCUUUGCUUGAUGCCAAACACCAAGAGGUCUGCUUUUCGGCCUGCGGAGUUCUCCUCAACCUUACUGUGGAUAAAAGCAGGCGUAGUAUAUUGAACGAAGGAGGAGGAAUUAAAAAGUUAAUUGACUGUUUAAGACACUUUGGGCCUAUGGACUGGCAGCUUGCUUGUUUAAUAUGCAAAACUUUGUGGAACUAUAGUGAGAGUUUUACAAGUGCUCAGCCAUGCUUUGAAGAUCAUGAUUCAGAUACUUUGCUAGGUCUCCUUACAUCAUUUUUAGAUGAAGAAUUGGCCCUGGAUCACAAUUUUGACAACGAUUUAAGAGAUUAUCACAAACUUUAUUGGGAAACAGAGUUCAAACCUGUGGCACAGAAGCUACUUCAGAAAAUUCAAAACUGAUUUUUUUUAGUUGCGCUCAUGAACUGUUACUUGAUUUUAAGGUGGGUGUUGAGACUAUCCAUAUAAAGGACACGACAGUGUCUAUUAUGUAAGUUGUUUGGCAUCAGAGCAUUUGAACAUGCUGUUUCCAUAGAAAAUGUCUAAGUAGAUUAUUUUUGUAUGUAGCUUGUACAUUGUAGAAUACGUUUUCUUAGUUUUCCACUGGCAUUUAGGGGUUAUAAAAAUAAACCAACUACAGCAUCUGGA